GAGCCUGAACAAUCGAAAAGCGCUGUGUGUCAAUAUCUUGUGAUUAUCAUUGCUCGUGUUUUAUUGGAAUUUCUUUGGAGAUGGAUGGACUGAUCAGGAUGGAGAGACAAAAGUUUCCUUUCACCAUUGAAAACAUAUUGAGUAAAUAUCCAAACAGUAAUGGUGACAAUUGGACAUGUGGAACAAGUGGAGCUGGAUUAAAAGAAAAGGCAGCGAGUCCUGUUGGAGACCAGACAGAGACUGUGCCUCACGCCUGCAUGUGCUGCUGCUGCUACUGCCCCCACUGUGGAGACAUAUUCAGAACUGAUUUCAUUCCCGAAGAUUUCCUCCCUGCCGCCUGUCAGUAUGGAUGGCCCCCAGCGAUGUUCUCCAACCCAUGCAGGCUGGGAGAGGCUCACAGAGAGGAGCAGUUAGCCGGUCAGGUGCAGAGGCGGACCAGACGCCACCGCACCAUUUUCACGGAGGAGCAGCUGGACGCACUGGAGGAGCUGUUCCUGCAGAACCAGUAUCCGGAUGUGAACACAAGGGAGAAAUUAGCACAGCACACUCACUUAAGAGAGGAAAGAGUAGAGGUAAGUCUGCUGUGUCACAUUCAGCCUACCAUUGAAUAA